UGCGCACACAGCCUGCGUCGCUCAGCGUCUCUCAUGUGAUGAAAACACGGAACACGGAAGAGACUUUCCUGCUCUCUGGGUGAAUCUAUAGAGUCAUCAUGCAGAGUACGGCGAACUACCUGUGGAUGAUGUCUGACCUGCUGGGUCAGGGAGCCACAGCUAACGUUUACCGCGGUAGACACAAGAAAACCGGCGAUCUCUAUGCGGUCAAAGUGUUCAAUAACCUGAGCUUCCUGCGUCCGCUGGACGUCCAGAUGAGGGAGUUCGAGGUGCUGAAAAAACUCAACCACAAAAACAUCGUGAAGCUCUUCGCCGUUGAGGAGGAGUCGAACACGCGUCACAAGGUGUUGGUGAUGGAGUAUUGUCCGUGCGGAAGUCUCUACACGGUUCUCGAGGAACCGACGAACGCUUACGGACUCCCGGAGGACGAGUUCCUCAUCGUUCUGCAGGAUGUCGAUGAACAUCAUCCUGACAUGUACGAGCGAGCCGUGCUGAGGAAAGACCACCAGAAGAAAUACGGAGCCACGGUGGAUCUGUGGAGCAUCGGAGUCACAUUUUAUCACGCCGCCAUCGGCAGCCUGCCAUUCAGACCAUUUGAAGGGCCUCGCAGGAACAAAGAAGUCAUGUAUAAGAUCAUCACAGAGAAGCCUGCCGGCGUGAUCUCGGGCCAUCAGAAGUUUGAGAACGGGAAGAUCGAGUGGAGCUCAGAGAUGCCGAUCUCCUGCAGCCUCUCGAAGGGUCUUCAGAGUCUCCUCACUCCAGUGCUAGCCAACAUCCUCGAAGCAGACCAGGAGAAAUGCUGGGGCUUCGACCAGUUCUUCGCUGAGACCAGCGAUAUCUUACACCGCAUCGUGGUCUAUGUGUUCAGCCUGCAGCAGGCCACGCUUCACCACAUCUACAUACACGCAUACAACACGGCGAAUCUCUUUCAGGAGCUGCUCUUCAGACAGACAAACAUAACGCCAUCCCAUCAGGACUUUCUGUACGAGGGCCGACACCUCGUCUUCGACCCCAUCCAGCAGGCUCAGACCUUCCCCAAGACCUCCAGAGAGAAUCCCAUCAUGCUGCUGAGCCGAGACCCUGUCAACACCGUCGGCCUGCUGUUUGAGGACCCCAGCCCACCUAAAGUACAGCCGCGCUACGAUCUGGAUCUAGACGCCAGCUACGCCAAGACAUUCGCAGGUGAUGUUGGAUAUCUGUGGAAGACGUCCGAUUCUUUGCUUCUGUAUCAGGAGCUGGUGAGGAAAGGUGUCCGAGGCCUGAUUGAGCUGAUCAGAGACGAGUACAGUGAGAAGGCGCACAAGAAGACGGAGGUGAUUCACAUGUGUAACUACUGCAGCCAGACGCUGGAGCGAACCGAGCAGCUGUGUGAGGUUCUGAUGCAGGGAAACCUCCUGUCGGCGGAGUGUGAGGAGAUCCGGGACACGAGGAAGAAGGUGAUGCGGCUCUCCAGCUCUCUGGGCUCCAUGGAUCAAACGCUUCAGGACAUCAGCAGCAUGUUCCUGCCGGGAGGAAGUCUGACCGAUACGUGGACGCAGCAAGUGGGAACGCACCCCGAGGACAGGAAUGUGGAGAAGAUCAAGGUUCUGCUGGAUGCCAUCAGCAGCAUCUACCAGCAGUUCAAGAAGGACAAGGCCGAGAGACGUUUGCCUUAUAAUGAAGAACAAAUCCACAAGUUUGACAAGCAAAAGCUGGUUCUUCACGCCACCAAAGCGCGGGCGCUCUUCACAGACGAGUGCGCCAUGAAAUAUCGCCUCUUCAUCUCCAAGAGCGAGGAGUGGAUGAAGAAGUUCCAUCACGUGCGGAAGCACCUCCUGUCUCUGACUGGUCAGUUCAGCAGCAUGGAACAGGAAGUGACCCUGCUCAUGCAGCGCGUGUAUCAACUGCUGGAGCUGUUACCGCAGAAGAUGGUGCCCAUGACGUCUGGAGGAAUCAAACCGCAGGCGUACCUCAGUCCCAACACACUGGUGGAGAUGACGCUGGGGAUGAAGAAGCUGAAGGAGGAGAUGGAAGGAGUCAUGAAGGAGCUGGCGGAGAACAACCUAUUCCUGGAGAGGUUCGGGACGCUGACGGUGGACGGCGGCAUCAGAGCCGUGGAUCGGAUGUGACGAGGUCGUCUCUCUCGGAUCAUCACGGCACAAAUGACACACUGUUAGUUGUACAUAUGAAGAGAAUGUAAAUAAUACACGUCUUAAACUUUACUUUAUGCCAUUAUUUUAAUCUUGCGUUAAUUCUCUAGACUCUAUAAACUAGAGUUGCUCUUAACUCCGAAUAAGUGAUUUGAUUUCUGUUCUCGCCAUGAAAAUAAAGUAUAUUCGUCAUCGUUAUGUUCCAUAAGCAUCUGUGCGGUUAGUAAACGCUCCUGCUCGUGUUGGUGAACGUACCUGAAGCAGAAGUGUUUUCCUUCAGUGUAAAUGAAAGCACUAUUUUAUAGACAUUAAUGUGUGUUUCUGUAAAUGAGUAAAAAGAACAGCUGAGUUCUGAUAAAA